GUACCGACUUUAGACCAUCUGGAAACAAAAAACGCCCACGUCCUCCUAUCAGUAAAACCAAACCGUGUGGAUCGAAUUGCUAUCUUAACUUGAAGGAAGACAAUCAAGAUUCAUAUAUGACGGACAGUUGGGAUGAUGUUGAAAUUGCGCUAUUUGAAAAGGCCGGAUAUCUUAUGGGGAUUAAGAAUUACUGCAGUGUAGCAACAAUAGUAAUGACUAAAACUUGUGAACAGAUUUAUCGUAGAUCUCAAUCACUCGGAGAGAUUGACAAAGAUGAUGAUCAUAUCGAAAUUGGUUCAUCGUCAGAUGAUGCACGAAAAAAGGGAAAGAAAAUGGCAAAAAUGGAAAUUGACGCAGAAAAUCACUCAGAAUAUCACCCAUGUGAUCACCCUGGAAGACCUUGCGAUACGGCAUGUCCUUGUAGACAAGGCAACGUACCUUGUGAAAAGUACUGUCAUUGUGAGCUAGAUUGUAAGCAUUGCGGACUAGAGGUGCCUAUUUUUAGAACUAUACGGAAUUAUUAUUUAUCAUUUAAAAUUCCUAUUUUUGCGAAUUGGUUCAAACAUAAACCUUAUUUUAAGGUCCACGAAGGUUUCCAGGAUGCAACUGUUCAGGUUCUGGAAAGUCGUGCAGUAACAGAACAUGCGUCUGUUUUGCCAAUUAUCGUGAAUGUGAUCCAGAUUUAUGUGGAUGUACGGCCUCAGCCGACUACUGCACAAUUUAUGGGUAGACAUGCGUGUAAGAAUGUAGCUAUACAAAGAGCUUUGACAAAGCGUACAAUUGUUGGAAAGUCAACCGUUGCUGGCUGGGGUCUUUUUGUAAGAGAGCAAGUCAAGAAAAAUGAGUAUUUGGGAGAGUACAUUGGUGAAGUGAUUUCACAAGCUGAGGCAGAUAGACGUGGAAAAAUAUAUGAUAAAAGAGGCACUAGCUUUUUAUUCAAUUUGAAUAAAGAUUUUGUUGUAGACGCAACACGAAAGGGCAAUAAAUUUAGGUUUAUUAAUCAUUCCAAUGAUCCAAACGCAUUUUGUCGCGUUACGUUAGUAAAUGGCGAACAUCGUAUAGGAAUCUAUGCGAUGAGCGAUCUCGAACCUGGUCAAGAAUUAUUUUUCGAUUACAGAUAUGAUGGUGAAGCGUUGAAGUUUGUUCCUCUUGAACGCGAACGUCCGCCGAGUCCGGCAAAAUCGAGUCCAGCAAAUGGAAAGUAG